CAGCACACUGGUAAGGCGAUGAAGCUCCGGGCCUCUAGCGGCGUCUAGUGGCCAUUUACAGGAACUACAAAAACAAGGCGGCUUGGCCGGGAUUGCCGUGUAAUGCGCAUGCGCUGCCUGCCAAUGCGCCAGAAAGUUCUCCUGGAGCGGCAGUCCGGGUCCCGGGAUAUACGAUGAUCAUACCGGUGAGGUGCUUCACCUGCGGGAAGGUCGUCGGAAACAAAUGGGAGACGUACCUGGGGCUGUUACAAGCGGAAUAUACUGAGGGAGACGCGCUGGACGCUCUGGGGCUGAAGCGUUACUGCUGCCGGCGGAUGUUGCUGUCGCACGUCGAUCUCAUCGAGAAGCUGCUGAAUUACGCGCCGCUGGAGAAAUAAUGCAUAUAUUACAUGCUUAAGAGUUUUACACAACCAAGUGCAGCAAUCCUGCAAAUUACCGUGUGAUACAACACUUUAGAGUAUGUUGAACUGCUUUUUGUGCCAAGUACUGCACUUUUCUUGCAUAAAUUGUUCAUUUUGCUUUUAACUUAUUACAUUAAAUGGUUUUAAUUGAAC